CAUGUCUCAUAUCUCUGUCCAUUCAUGUCCAUCCAUGUCCCAUAUCUCUGUCCAUUUGUGUCCAUCCAUGUCCCAUAUCUCUGUCCAUUUGUGUCCAUCCAUGUCCCAUAUCUCUGUCCAUUUGUGUCCAUCCAUGUCCCAUAUCUCUGUCCAUUUGUGUCCAUCCAUGUCUCAUAUCUCUGUCCAUUCAUGUCCAUCCACAUCCCACAUUUCUCUCCAUUCGUGUCCAUCCAUGUCCCAUAUCUCUGUCUAUUCGUGUCUAUUCAUGUCCCAUAUCUCUGUCCAUUCGUGUCCAUUUGUGUCCAUUCAUGUCCAUCCCUGUCCCGUAUCUCUCUCCAUUCAUGUCCAUCCCUGUCCAGUAUCUCUCUCCAUGUCCAUCCCUGUCCCGUAUCUCCAUUCACAUCCAUCCACGUCCCUUUGUGUAUCCCCAUCUCUCUCCUCCUCCCUCCCUCCUCCCUCCCGUCCCCUCCUCCCCUCCCUCCCCGCCCCUCCCCUCUCCUCCCUCCCGUCUCACCCCUCCCGUUGCCGCACACGCCUCCAUGUCCCCCCCGGUGCCUCCGGAGCGGGGCCCGUUGGCUCGGCUGGCCCGGGACACGCAGUGCCCGGCGUGCGGGCAGGCGCUGCGGGACCCGGUGCUGCUGCCGUGUAACCACAGCUGCUGCCGGCGCUGCCUGCGCUCUGCCGGUGCUGCCGUCACCUGCCCCCGGUGCCAGCGCUCCGCUGCCCCGCACCGGCUCCGCACUGCCGUGGCCCUGGCCGUGGAGACCCGCAUCGCACAGCGCCUGGCCCGGGGCACCCCCGCUGCCCCCCGGCGGCCACAGCGCCGCAGCCUGGGGGCCCAGCUCCGAGCCGACGCCACCGCCCCCCCCGAGCCCCCCACCGCCUAAGGAGCCACCUGAGGGUGGGGGGACCCCCCCGAAGCCGUCCUCCCCCCAUUGACACCCCAAUAAACACCGUGCCCCCCCCCACCGAGCGCCACAGCAGCGGUCACA